GUACCCACUUUCUGAAAUGUCAUUUUAAAACAAUGGAACUAAUUGAUAACAGUGCAAAUUAAUUUGUCAUUAAGGCAUUCAUCUUUUAAAGCCAAAGAUACAAGAAAAUUUGGACAGUUCCAUUCACUUCGUUUUACAUUGGUUUUUUAUUGAAUAGCUUCAAAAUGAAUAAAGAAAAUUUCCAAGAAAGACCUAUAUGUAUAUAUAAUUUACGUGGAAUGUGCAGAUUUGGCUCUCGAUGUUGGAACAGUCAUGAAAAACCCCAAGAAAUUGUACAGGAAAGGGUAUCAAUACCAGAGGAGGAAUGGAAUCAAGGUGCUUGUGCCCUGUCUCCGAGAAAAUCAUCCAAAAGCGAAACAGAUUGUAAUGAGGAAAAUAAUUAUGGGCCUAGCACGUCAUCUGUUGAAGAAGCUAUAUCUUUGGUAAAAAUUUCUGAAUCAGAAGACAAAACAUGUGGAAUAUGUUUUGAUCAUAUUUUGAAAAAAGUUAAAAGGGCUGAGCAAAAGUUUGGAAUCCUCCCAAACUGUAACCAUUGCUUUUGUUUCCCAUGUAUAAAGAAGUGGAGACAGAGUAAAGAGUUUGAGCAUGAUGUAUCAAAGGCGUGUCCCGAAUGUAGAACUGCUUCAGAUUAUGUGUUUCCUUCAAACGUUUGGAUGGAUAACAAAGAAGAAAAAGAUACUUUCAUUGAUAAACAAAGGAAAAAAAUGAAAAAAAGAGAUUGUGGUUAUUUCAAAAAAGGGAAAGGAACAUGCCCAUUUGGAAACACCUGCCUUUACCUGCAUGCUUUACCUAAUGGGGAAGUUAUAAAUGUUGGUCCUCCUAAACGGAGAAGACGACCUUCUGCAGCAUUGCUCGAAAAUGAAGCGGAAAUGCUCCAACAAAUCCUAUUUUGGAUAAACGACACUGACGAAGACUCUGAGGAUGAUUUCGAUGACUUCGAACUCGACCUCGAUGAUCCCUACAUCGCCAUGCAGUAUUACGAUAGGGAUGACAUUGAAAGGUAUAUAGCCAUGGACCGCAUAGCCAAUGGAUCUGAUGAUGAAUUUAAUAUGUUUUACUAGUGUUUUCAUUGGACGUUCAACCUCUAUUUACCUAUAUUGAGUUUUUCAGUUUAAUGUUUUAUCGGGAUGUUUAAAUCCAUUAUUUAUACUUGCUAUUAGAUAUUUUGGGAAAUCAUUUUGUGUAAUUAAUUAAGUAAUACAUUUUUUGUUCAUUGAACUA